AUGUCUGCCAAACACUUUGUCAACGACCCAACACACCUGGUCAACUCGGCCCUUGAGGCCAUCACCUUCACAAACCCCUCCCUGGCCCUCGACAGGCACAACAAGGUCGUCUACCGCCGCCCCACCCCCAAUGACUCCUCAAACCCAACCGUGAGCAUCGUCUCCGGUGGUGGCGCCGGCCACGAGCCCUCCUUCUCCAGCAUGGUCGGCAAGGGCCUGUUGACUGCCGCUGUCUCUGGAACCAUCUUUGCUUCCCCGUCUGCCGAGCAGAUUCGCGCUGGUAUCCAGACCCGUGUCAGCCAUGACAAGGGCGUGCUCGUCACCGUCAUGAACUACACCGGUGAUGUCCUCAACUUCGGCAUGGCCGUCGAGAAGGCCCGCGCCGGCGGUGUCGACGCGGAAAUGGUCGUCGUCGGCGACGACGUCGGUGUCGGCAGGGCCAAGGCCGGCAAGGUCGGCCGCAGGGGCAUCGCCGGCACGGUUCUCGUCCACAAGAUCUCCGGCGCCCUGGCCGCCCAGGGGUACAGCCUCAAGGAUGUCGCCAAGGUUGCCAGGCUCACUGCUUCCAACCUCGUCAGUGUCGGUGCCAGUCUGGAGCACGUCCACGUGCCCGGCCGCGCGCCGCCAAAGGCAGACGACCCGGAAGCCCUGGGCGCAAAGGAAGUUGAGAUCGGCAUGGGCAUCCACAACGAGGCCGGAAGCGGCAGGGAAGAGAUCGAGCUUCCUCAGCUUGUAGCCAGGAUGCUGAAGCAGCUGCUGGACCAGGAGGACAAGGACCGGGCGUUCCUCAAUGUCAACUCUAACGAGAUUGUCUUGUUGGUGAACAACCUGGGCGGAGUGAGCGUCCUCGAGCUGGGGGGUAUCACCGCCGAGGUUGUCACACAGCUGCAGAAGGAUUACAACAUCCGACCUGUCAGGAUACUGAGCGGCACGUACAUGACGAGUCUGAACGGCCUGGGCUUCAGCAUUACCCUUCUCAAUGUUGUCAACACUGAGGUCGGCGGCCCGAGCAUGGUCCAAUUGUUGGACUACCCUAGCGAGGCGACUGGCUGGGCUGCCCCCAUCUCCAAGGAGACAUGGGAGGAGAAGAACGAGGCCACGCGGGAGGACACCUCAUCCGCAGGCGGCGAGGUCAAGCCCAGUGGGCUGAAGUACGAUGCCAGCGUCGCCUCCAAGGCUCUGCAGUCGGGGCUCGAGUACGUCAUUGCAAUAGAGCCAGACGUCACCCGAUACGACUCGGUGGUCGGGGACGGCGACUGUGGCAUCGGCCUGAAGAGAGGCGCAGAGGCGAUCAUCGAGCACCUCAAGGCCAACCCCCUGACCGGGGACGCCGUGAUAGACAUCGCAAAUAUCGUCUCUGUCGUCGAGAUGGCAAUGGACGGCACCAGUGGCGCGCUCUACGCCAUCUUCCUGAACGCACUCGUGCACGCCCUCAGCACCCUGGCACCGGGAGACGCGUCGCCAAAGGUCUGGGCCGAGGCCCUGAAGCAGUCCUGCGAGGCGCUCUCAAGGUACACGCCCGCAAGGCCCGGCGACCGCACCCUGGUUGACGCGCUAUACCCCUUCGUCGACACGCUGGCCGAGUCCGGCGACGUCCAAAAGGCGGCGCAGGCCUCGAUAGCUGCCGCCGAGGCGACUCAGGGCAUGGUGGCGAGCCUGGGCCGCUCCGUCUACGUCGGCGGCUCUGGCUUCAAGCACGUGCCCGACCCCGGUGCUUGGGGCCUGGCAUAUUUCUUCCUCGGCGUCGCGGGGCUGAAACCGCCCAAGACGAACGAGGAGGGCUGGGAGAAGGUGUAA